UUUGACUAAAGUAUUAUUAUGGAAUAUUUAAAAAUAAAAAAGGAGCCCAUGAAAAAUGGACCCAAAGCAUUACCGCGCCAAAUUUCAAAGCUUAAGAAACGAAAAGGCAGAGCACUUCCGAUUUCGGUAGCUAAAUAACAAUGGGAGAAGAACAAGUGUUCCCAAACAGCAACGAACUCGUGGUUGCAGAAGCUCUUCUCCUCCUAUGCUUCACGCCUCCGUCUCCUUCUCUUCCCAGGUAAAAUUUGAGUCCUCUCUCUGAUUUCACUUGAGCUUCAUUUCAAUUCGUUGAUGCCAGCAUUCAUGUUCUGCACUUCUGCUUCCUUUUUUAAGCAUGAUCAAACACGAGAGCUCCUUGCCGUUAAUUGAUUUGAGCACUGGAACUGUUUGCUUCUCCAAUUCAAAUUCAAAACCACAAUCGUGUGCCUCUACUUUGUCUGAUGUGACCUGGGAUGGUGAUGGCUCAUCUGUAGAUGCUCAAUCACAUUCAUGUAGGAAGAAGCUUGAGGUGGUUCGGAAGAAGAGGUCACUGAGCUUCUGCAUUUCUGAUGAAGAGAAAAUCUGCCCAGUAAAGGAGAUGUCAGUGGUAACUAAACCGCUUGCUGCCUCUUCAUGCCUGUCAAAUGAGUCUGGAUCCAGCACCAUUUCCAGCGCAGGUAGCCUUGGCAGCGCUAGCAUCGUGGGGAAGCAGCGGGACAAGGCAAAACCAGUGAUUGAAGUGUUGAAAUCAAAGAAAAAGCGGCCAGAGUUGACACACAUAAGACGCCGGUCAGAGGCUAUCUUGAACAUCUUGUCUCAUGGAUCCGCUUCUGAAGUCAAGAUCCGCAAGCUUCUCGGUGAUAGCCCUGACACCAGCAAAGCCCUGAGAUUGCUGCUCAAGUUGGAAGAAGUGACAAGAUCAGGGGCUGGAGGACAAAAAGAUCCAUAUAUUUACACAGUAAUUUUAUAAUUCCUCCUAAAUAUAUGUCUUGAGAGCUUUUUCCUUACAAGUUUACAUUUUAUUAUAAACAUAGUGAAACAUGAUUUUUUAUUUCCCUACGAUUGCCUCGUUAAACAAAAAAUAUUACUCC